AUGAAAGAAUUAUGUACUUUUUUGCAAGAAGGUGGUGGAUUAAUUUGUGGAACAACAGCAUGGGGUUGGUUACAAUAUAAUACUGGCAAACUUUUAGCCGAUUUUCCAUUUGCACGAUUUUGUGAUUAUAUUGGAGUUAAAGUAACAGAUAAUUAUUCAAGUUGUUCUGAUCCAAUAGAAUUUCGAGAAGAUUUAAUUAAAUUUAAAAAUGUUUAUCAUGUUGUAAGAGAUUUAGCACAUAAUCCAAAUAAUGUAGAAAAUUUAGCUAUUAUUGGAUCAGCUGUAAAAGAACUAGGUGAUACUUUACCUGGAGUUCCAAUUGAAACAUUACAAAAUAUUGUUAUGAGUGCAAGUCAAGAAAUAAUACCAAAUGAUAGUUGUCCAAUUAAAGAUAAAAAAUGUCGAGAACAAUCAAGUGGAAUUUGUGGAAUUAUGUGUGGUCUACCAGGUGUCAAAGCACCAGGUAUUCAAAAUUUUCCAGGAGAUUUUGAUCGACCACCAAGCAUUUUAACAAAUGUUCAAUGUCAUAUUGAAUCGAAAGCUAGUGAAUGGUAUUGUACUGGAUACUAUGUAGCUGCUGGUGUUCCAAUUCAGAUUGAUGUUUUAGACCAAAGUGGAGCAACUGGAUGGUCAGCUAGAGUUGGAUGUCAUUCUGAUGAUCUUCGAAAUUGUGAUGAACUUCGUCGAUGGCCUUGUAUUUCGACACGUAGACCAUUAUCUGAUAAAACAAUACAAAUGAAUUCAGCAUUUGGUGGUUUACUUUUUCUUCAAAGUCCUGGAGAUGAACCAAGUUCAAUUACGGUUAAUCUUCAUCAUGUCGUAUUAACACUAACAUAUGAUAUAACUGAUUCAAAUCGUGCUGAAACAUGGAAUUAUAAACGUUCUUAUGCACAAGGUUUAUGGGCUGAUAUAGCUGGACGACAUAUUGUAUUUAAUCUUCCAUCGAAAAGUGUUCUACAUCUAGACUCUGCUCAAUUAGAUCGAGCUUUAAAUUUUUGGGAUUCAAUUGUUUUAGCACAUCAUGAUUUACGUGGAACAAAGCCAACACAUCGAGAACGAAUUGUUUGUGAUAAACAACCAUCUGCUGGUUAUAUGCAUAGUGGAUAUCCAAUUGUGACACAUCUAGAUGUUAGUGAUGCGAAUUCAGAAUGGUUUCUAUUUAAUAGUGAACAUUUAGAAAAAGAAGGAGCAUGGGGUUUAUUUCAUGAAAUUGGACAUAAUAUGCAACAAGGCUGGUGGACAUUUGAGGGUACUGGUGAAGUAACAGUAAAUAUAUUUACUUUACAUGCAAUGGAUAAGGUUUGUUCUCUUAAACCUUGGAUACAUACAUGGUUAGAAGAUAAAAUAUCAAAGACAAAAACAUAUAUUGAAAAUGGAUCAAAUUUUGAUGAAUGGAAAGAUAACCCUGGUAUUGCUUUAUUUAUUUAUGCUCAAUUAGCUCGUGAAUAUGGUUGGAAUACUUAUCAAGAUAUUUUUCGUCAAUAUGAACAAAUACAACCAAAUCUUAAUUCCGAUCAAGAAAAAAUGGAUUAUUGGAUAACAACAUUUUCUGAACAAGUUCAUAAUAAUUUGGUUCCAUUAUUUAAAUUUUGGGGUUUUCCAAUUUCACAAUCAACUGUUGAUGAAUUACAAAAAUUUCCUAUUCCACAAAUAUUUGACGAAUUUAUUCAAGUUGCACCAGAACGUUAUAGUAUUUGA